AUGACGAUGAAGGACAGCCUGCUACAGAUUUUACAGCUCCACCGGCUGGACUUGGUGGUGAACUUGAGCUACAACAUCGACACUGUGGUGGACUAUCUCUACAGAGGAGAGGUCAUCACCAGGGAGGAGAAGGACACUAUCAUCUGUCAUGGCAGGCAAGAAGACAGAGUCACGUGCCUGCUCGACAUCUUGGAGACCAAGGAUGACGACGCCUUCUAUGAUUUCCGUAACACUCUGGUUAAAACAGGACCGCCACAUCUUCCAUUACUCUUGGACGGUAAAGCAGACGUGUCGUCGGAUCAGUCCUCACAAACUACAGAUUAA